AUGGUGGUCAACCCGGCAUUUGGCACCACCAAUGGCAUCAACUUCCGCACAGUGCAUAUAGGCAACCGCGAGAGCAACGCGCAGUACAAGUUCAAACAUAACCGUGUUUCGACAGCAAAGUACAACUUUGUAACGUUCAUCCCAAAGUUCUUUUUUGAGCAGUUCUCAAAAUACGCCAACGUGUUCUUCCUGUUCACCGGGUGCAUCCAGCAGAUCAGCGGCGUGUCCCCGACCUCGAGGUACACUACAAUCGUGCCCCUGGCUGUGGUGCUGGCAGCCACAGCGGCAAAGGAGCUAGCCGAGGAUUUGAAGCGUCACCGGUCGGAUGCGGAUAUGAACAAGAGCUCGGCGCGCGUGCUUAUUGGCAAUUCCUUUGUCGACAAGGCCUGGCGCGACAUAGAGGUUGGAGACAUUGUGCGUGUGGAGAACAAGGGGGCAAUUCCGGCAGACAUUGUGCUUCUCAGCAGCUCCGAGCCUGAGGGCAUGUGCUAUGUCGAGACCAGCAACCUGGACGGCGAGACCAACCUUAAGGUCAAGCAGGCCCUGCCGGACACGGCAAAGAUGAUAACUCCCGCCGACCUGGCUGACCUGCGUGGUCAUCUCAAGACGGAGAUGCCCAACGAUAGCCUGUAUACGUUCGAGGGCACGAUGAUAUCGGAGGGCGGGCGCAUAGGAUACAAGGAGAUGCCAUUGGACCCCACCCUGGUUCUAUUGCGCGGCGCCAUCCUGCGAAACACCGACUGGAUCUACGCUGUGGUCGUAUUCACCGGACACGAGACCAAGCUCAUGCGCAAUGCGAUGGCCGCGCCAAUCAAGCGGACUAAUGUCGAGAAGACGACGAACCAGCAAAUCAUCUUCCUGUUUAUCAUUCUAAUUAUCCUGGCCGUGAUGAGCGCGCUGGGCAGCCAGAUCAUGACCUCGCGCAACCGCGACCAGAUGGCCUAUCUGUAUUUGCCCGCCGGCGAGGGUGCCAAGACGUUCAUCAAGAACAUUCUGACCUUUAUUAUCUUAUACAACAACCUGAUUCCGAUCUCGCUGAUCGUCACGAUGGAGGUCGUCAAGUUCCAGCAGGCGCAGCUGAUCAACUCGGACAUGGACAUGUUCGACGAGUCGUCGAACACGCCGGCGCUCGCGCGCACGUCUUCGCUUGUGGAGGAGCUCGGCCAGGUCGAGUAUAUUUUUAGCGACAAGACGGGCACCCUGACCUGCAACAUCAUGGAGUUUCGGCAGUGCUCGAUCGGCGGCGUCAUGUACUCGGACAUCGUCGAGGCGGGAAAGCGCGCCCGGGUCAUAGACGGAGAGGUUGUUGGCCAGUACGACUUCAGCCAGCUCAAGGAGCACAUCCGCAACAGCGAGCGCAGCGCGCUUCUGUUUGAGUUUUUCCAGCUCUUGGCCACAUGCCACACGGUCAUCCCCGAGCAAAAGCAGUCUGUCGAUGGCGAGAUCGAGUACCAGGCGUCGUCGCCCGACGAGGCCGCUCUCGUUAAGGGCGCUUCGGUGAUCGACUUUGUGUUCAACAUGCGCAAGCCGCGGUCGAUCGCCGUGAACAUCAUGGGCGUCGAGAAGGAGUAUGAGGUGCUUAAUAUCAACGAGUUCAACAGCACGCGCAAGCGGAUGUCCGCGCUGCUUCGCUGCCCUGACGGCUCCAUCAAGAUGUACUGCAAGGGUGCCGACACGGUUAUUCUAGAGCGCCUGGGCGAGGGCAAGUCUCCAUUCGUUAACGAGACGUUGAAGCAUCUGGAGGAGUACGCCACUGAGGGUCUGCGCACACUGUGCAUUGCCAUGCGCGACAUCAGCGAGGACGAGUACAAAAAGUGGAGCGUCAUGCACAACAAGGCGUCGAUGACCAUGACCAACCGGCAGCAGGAGCUCGACCGCGUCGCUGAGAUGAUCGAGCGCGACAUGGUUCUUCUGGGUGCCACAGCCAUUGAGGACAAGCUACAGGACGGCGUGCCGCAGACCAUCUACACACUGGCGCAAGCCGGAAUUAAGAUCUGGGUGCUGACAGGCGACAGGCAGGAGACCGCGAUCAACAUUGGCUACAGCUGCAAGCUCAUCCAGGAGGAUUUUUCGCUUAUUAUCUGUAACGAGACGACGCACUGGGAGACCAAGGAGUUCUUGCAAAAGAAGCUUGACGCGAUUCGCGAAGGCCACGGCUCCAACAUCGACUUUGAGUCGCUGGCACUGAUCAUCGACGGACGCAGUCUGGACUUUGCACUGGAGAAGGACGUCGAGCUACUGUUUUUAGAGCUGGCCACGCUGUGCAAGGCCGUCAUUUGUUGUCGCGUGUCGCCGCUGCAGAAGGCGCUGGUCGUCAAACUGGUCAAGCGGCGCACCAAGGCUAUCCUGCUGGCCAUCGGCGACGGCGCCAACGACGUAAGCAUGAUCCAGGCCGCGCAUGUCGGCGUUGGAAUCAGCGGGCAGGAGGGCUUGCAGGCGGCGCGGUCAGCGGACUUUGCCAUUGCGCAGUUCCGGUACCUCCGCAAGCUGCUGCUCGUCCACGGCGCGUGGAGUUACCACCGCCUGAGCAAGAUGAUCCUGUUCUCAUUCUACAAGAACAUCACGCUGUACAUCACGCAGUUCUGGUUUGCGCUGUUCAACGUUUUCUCGGGCCAGACCGUCUACGAGUCAUGGUCCAUCACUUUCUACACGGUCUUCUUUACGAUGAUGCCGCCGUUCGCAAUUGGCGUUUUCGACCAGUUCCUCAACGCGCGCAGCCUCGACCGGUAUCCCGAGAUGUACAAGAUGGGCCAGAGCGGUGUGUUCUUCAACGUCCGGGCGUUCUGGGGCUCAGCCAUUAACGCUUUCUAUCACUCAGUCAUUUUGUUCUUCCUGGGGACCAUGAUUCUGUUCAACGACACGGAGGGCGACGGCAUGGUUGGCGGACAAUGGGUCUACGGCGUCAUCAUCUACACCUCGGUGCUGACAACCGUGCUUCUCAAGGCCGCGUUGAUCACCAACAUGUGGACAAAAUGGACUGUGGUGGCCAUUCCCGGCUCACUGCUGCUGUGGUUCGGCUUCCUGCCCAUUUACGCUGUCAUCGCGCCAAAGUUCCGCACGUCAACCGAGUAUGAGGGCAUUAUCCUGCACAUCUACGCCAACCCACGCUUCUGGCUGACAGUGAUUCUGCUAUCCGUCCUGUGCAUGGUUCGUGACUACGGGUACAAGUACCUCAAGCGCAUGUACUUCACCAAGGCGUACCACAUCGUGCAGGAAAUCCAAAAGUUCAACAUCCCCGACUACCGCCCGCGCAUGGAGCGGUUCAAGAAGGCUGUGCACAAGGUCCGUCUGCUGCAGCGUCUGCGCCGCACGCGCGGCUAUGCUUUUUCGCAGAACGAGGGCGGCCAGGAGAAGAUCAUCCGCGCCUACGAUACUACAAUGCAGAAGCCCUCAGGAUACUGA